CACACACACACACACACACACACACACAGAGCGCUUCCUUGUCCUGGACUUGUCCGUGGACUUUAUCUACGUUCGGCUUCACGAGGAGGACUAUGGAUGAAUAUAUUUAUCCUCUGCUCGUGGAGGGAGAUUGGUCAUCUGUAAACUUUCAAAAUUUCCAAAAAAGAGUUCAUAUUUAUUUCCAGAACAGAAGGAAAUCUCAGGGGGGAGACUGCGUCAUCGAAAGAUGGACCGAUCGGAGCUGUACAGUCCUCUUUAAACAAGAAGAAGUCCGGGACCAAGUUCUGGCUAAAGCUGAGCACUCAGUACCCAUCGAGAACCAUGUGGUGAAACUGAAGGUGUCCAAACCAUCCAGUGAACCAGAAAAUCGUCCAGAGGAAAAACCACAACACUCUGCUAAAACAGGAAGUGAUGUGUCAGCUGCAGUUUGGCGAACAGCUGGUCUUAAUGCAAGUCAGACUAAAGGCAAUGAGGGGUUGGAAGACACAUCAUGGUCCUGUGCUGCAGUCCUGGAAAAUGUGCCAGAAAACUUGAGCAAAGAGUACCUCAUGCUUUUAGUAGACAGUAUUGGCAGUUGUUCUGAAGAUGAAUGUUCCUUAGAGUUAAUUCCAGAAUCAAACGCUGCUGUUGUGACCUUCAGUGACGUCUACACUGUAGAGAACUUUCUUACAGCAUGCAAGACUAAAAAAAAGUUCCAGGAGUAUGGUCUCAAAGCCCGCCGUUUGGAGAACACAAGCAGUUUUAAGGUGGAAAACCUGCCUGCUAAUUGCUCUGACGACCUUCUGGAACUUCUCUUUGAAAAGCAUGUGGGAUCAGUGGAAAGAAUCAAGGCAAUAGCAGAUGAACGUGCUGCUAUCGUCACCUUUCGUGAUCAACCAGAUGUUCAUAAAGUCCUGAGAAAAGAAUACUUUACUUGCAACAAUCGGUUUGAUAUAUAUCCAUAUUAUCAUUCUUUGGGUUCUGCCUUGUACGGCAAAGACAGACCAACGUGGACACUGCCCAAACCAUUUACAUAUAAGAUCCAUCCUGCUAUUAGAGAAUUCCUCAAGAAGAAGGGACAAAUCUCCUCCAUCUGCAAUCAGAUGAGCUCACACUGCUGCCAGGUAAAUGUGGACAAGCCUGAAGUCCAGUUCAGUCCCCUUCCUGCCCUGCUGAGACAAAAGGGUAUAACCAAAAUGCACAUAGACAACUGGCAGGAAAACACAAUGGAUGCUUUCAAAAACAUCCUAUCCAGCUUUGCUGUUUUUGAGCAUGCAGUGACCCGUUCAGUCUGGACUGCGGUAGAGAAGGACAUCCGAUCAGUUGUAAAAGAUAAAGCUGUCCUGGAGGUGGAUAUUUCAACAGGAUGUCUGACUCUUGCAGGAAUGGCUAAAGAUAUUAACAUGCUAAAACCGAUAUUGGAGAACGUUUUAAAGAGUGCAUCGAGUCAAAUAGAAAGGGAAAUAAACAAGACCUCUGAAAUCAUUUAUAUGCCCCAUGAAAUAUUCCUCUUACUUCAACAUGAGGGACUGCAAAACAUGGCUUCAGCCAAAUAUUCACAACUGGAGCUGAUGUACAAUAAAAACACCCAUCAGUUAACAUUAACUGGUCUUCAUGCAGAAAUUAUGGACAUAAAAAAUUUUGUGUUGGAGAGUCAAUUAAGGAAGAAAGAAAAGGCCCUACAAAAGGACCCUUCAUUACUGGAGUUCUUGAGAUCAGUGAACUGUGAGGAAAUGUCUGUGGAUCUGUUCAUAUCCAAGGGAAUUAACGCAGUCUAUAGAAUUGAAAAUGGGAAUACUGUUUUGACUGCAUGUACAGACAAAGCACUGGCAGAGGCUGAGAAGAGGCUUGAAAUGAUGCUGACAUUACAGUGCCUUUCUGUAGAAGAUCUACAUGUGCUUGAAAAGCCUGAAUGGAAGGCUCUCAGUAAUCAGCUCUAUGAGACAUACAACUCCUCCAGGAAGAAAACUGCUCAUGAAAUAUUUAAGAACAAAGUUAUGGUUUGUGGCUUUCAGGAACCAGUUAGAGAGGUUAGUAAGAGUUUGGAACAAUUUAUUGAUAAACACUCAAGAAUCGAAGAGACCGUUCGUGUCAAGUCUUAUGCUGUGGUGAAAUUCAUCAGAGAAAAGAUGGCAGAGGUUUGGCAGAAGUUUCUAAAAGGUGAAGAAAUGGACAUACAUUUUGACACAAGGCCCCUGAUUCGCAUCUCUGGAGAACGUAUUAAUGUUCAGCCAGUAGUAAAAUCUUUUCAGAAAAUUGCAGGUUGUCUCCACACUGAUAGUUUGAUUAUUAGAAAAGCAGGAGCCAAAAAGUAUUUCCAGGAACAGGGCAGCAUAAUCAUGAUGAUGAUAAAGCAGCAAAGAUUUGUGGUUGUUCUUGAGGAUGCUUCUAUGAAGGAUGAUGAUGAGGAGAGUUAUGAUGAUGGUGGAAUGGAUGGUUUUGGAAAGCUAUACUGUGAGGUUCAGAUUCCUGGUGGUAUUGUCAUCAAAGUCCUGGAGUCUGAUAUCUGUCAGUUCAAAGUAGAUGCUGUGGUCAAUGCUGCCAAUGAGGACUUGAAGCACAUUGGUGGUUUGGCAUUAGCACUUCUGAAUGCUGCAGGUCCAUCUUUACAACAAAUGAGUGAUCAGUAUGUGGCUAAAAGUGGGAAACUGCUACCUGGGAAUGCUAUUACAACAGACGCAGGUCAAUUGCCAUGUAAAUAUGUAGUGCAUGCUGUAGGCCCACGAUUUAAUAACAGUGACAGGUUAACUGCUGUGAAGAAACUGAGACAGGCUGUGCGGGAAAGUCUGAAGGAAGCUGUUCUUAAGAGGUGUUCCUCAAUAGCAGUCCCUGCCAUCAGCUCAGGGAUAUUUGGCUUUCCUCUUGACCUAUGCGCUGAGACAAUUGCACGAGAAUUGCAUGCGUAUGUUGAAGCCCCAGGUGGUAUGAACACACUAAAAGAGAUCUAUUUGGUGGACAAUAAUCCCAAAACUGUCAAUGCCAUGGCUCAGGCUGUUGGAAAGGAGUUUAUAGAUUUCAACCCCAGAAUGUCCUUUCCACAGCAAAUGGGACAUGGUAAUGGUCACUAUAUUCAAAACCAAGGUCAGGGACAUCGAGGCACUGGGGCAAGAGGUAAUAAAUCUGAGUUUUUUGAACCCCGAAAAGGAUUUAACUCAAACCCACAAUCUAAAAGCCAAUUGCAGGACAUAGGAAGGUCAGGAUUGGUGUUUCUUCAAGCUCAAACCACAGUAGAAGGACUGAAAAUCAUACUUAAGAAGGGGAAUAUUCAGGAUGCAUGUUCUGAUGUAAUUGUCAAUACUAUCUCAGAAGACCUGGAUCUCAGUAAAGGUGCUGUCUCCAAAGCACUUCUCGAGGCUGCUGGCCCUCAACUCCAGGCUGAAACUCGGUCUCAAAACCUCAAAGCACUUGGCGAUUCCAAUCUGAGCUAUGGAGACAUAGUGGUUACUAAUAGCUAUAACUUAAAAUGUAAAAAGGUCUUCCAUACUGUUUGUCCAUUUUGGAAUAGAGGGGGUAGAUCAGAAGUGGAGGUUCUCAGACAAAUCAUACGAAACUGCCUCAGAAAAGCAGAGAACCAGAAAAUGCCUUCGAUUUCUUUUCCAGCCAUUGGCACAGGGAACCUUGGCUUUCCAAGAAGUCUUGUCUCCACACUUUUGUUAAGUGAGAUUCAUGCAUAUAGUGCCCGUUUUUCUACUAGAUACCUUACGGAGGUGAACAUGAUUGUGCAUCCUUCAGACAGCGAGACUGUCCAGUGCUUUGAAAAGAGCUUCAGAGGUGAAAAGCAGGAAACCGUCACCGAAGGUGCACAUGCUGUUCAACCACCCGCUAAAAAUCCACGUCAUUUUAGACCACCACCUUCUGCUGAAGGUUUUUUUGGACCGGUUUCAACUCCUAGUCUUGGAGUGCACCAAAUGCGAAUAGGGCAUCUGAAACUGGAAAUAUCAUCAGGUGACAUCACCAAAGAGAGAUGUGAUGCGAUUGUUAAUUCUUCCAAUAAAUUAUUCUCUCUAAAAUCAGGAGUGUCCAAGGCCAUUUUAGAUGCUGCAGGGUUAGCAGUGGAAGGGGAAUGCGCACAGAUUGUGGCAUCACAGAGUCAACAAUCAGACAUGAUCAUGACAACAGGAGGACAACUUCCAUGCAGACAGAUUAUUCAUGUUAUAGGUCGCAACAGUCCUGCAGAGAUCAAGAUUGUUGUUUACUCUGUAUUGAAGUUCUGCGAGGAACAGAAGUUCUCCUCUGUUGCCUUUCCAGCACUUGGCACUGGUCAAGGCGGAGCCAAUCCUUCUGCUGUAGCCGAUGCCAUGACUGAAGCUGUGUUCGACUUUGUGAAGAAGAAAAAAGGACUAAAUUUGAAAAGUGUAAAAUUCUUGAUAUUCCAGACAUCAAUGGUGUCGGAUUUCCACAAGUGCAUGCUGAAGAGGUCACAGGACAGUGUGGAGGAGGAGGGUGGAGUAAUGAACUGGGUUAAAGGUACAUUCGAGACUGUGACCAACUUCUUUCGUGGUGGCAAUGCAGAAACAGAAACAAAUCUAGAAGACUUUGUGUUUGUGGGCGAGGAGUUUGAGCCUGUCGUGUUUCAGCUGUGUGGAGAGAGUGAGGAUGACCUGAAAGAGGCGAGGAAUCUGAUCAACGGCUUUAUUGUGAAGGAGCAUGUAUGUUCAAAUAUCAUGGACUCGGCCAUCAACUAUUUUGGCCAGGAAGAGGCAGAAGUGCUAAGCAAACUGCAGAGGGAGCUCACGGUUAGCAUACACCUUUCCAACUCUUCCUCAGAGCCUGAGUUCACUUUGGAGGGCCUGACACGAGACGUGGUAAAGGCUGAGAGCACAAUCCGUGACAUGAUCCGAAAAGUGGAGAAGAAAAUGACACGCCAAAGCGAAGCCUUUUUGCUAAGCACCAGCAUAGAGUGGCAGUAUCAGGACCGCAGAGAAAACACUGUUCCUUUUGAUAUUUUGACAAACUACGACCUGGAACAGGCUUUUCGGACAAAACAGCCUUGUGUAAAGAUCGCUAUUGAUAAAGUCCCGUAUGAGGCCCAUGUACAGUAUUUCACAGCUGUGGGGAAAAACAGACAGAUUCAAUUGAAAAGGAUUGAUCUGAAACAAAAAAACACUGUCUCUCUGCCCAGUCACUGGGAGGACAUGAAGGGAAAUCUAGUUCUGUCGGUUACAAUUCAACAAGGCAGUCAAGAAUAUACAACAGUAGAGAAUGAGUUCAGGAGAACAGGUCUGACAUCACAAAUCCUCAAAAUUGAAAGAAUUCAGAAUGAAACUCUUUGGAAUAACUACAUGAACCAGAAGUCAUACUUGGAAAAAAAGAACAAACAUACAAACAACGAGAAGCUGCUUUUCCAUGGCACUGGCUCGGAUAAUAUUAUUAAGAUCAAUGAGCGAGGUUUCAAUCGCAGCUAUGCUGGGAUGCAUGGGGCCAUGUAUGGGAACGGAGUGUAUUUUGCAGUUGAUCCGAACUACUCUGCCCAAGGCUACUCAAAGCCUGAUAUAAACGGUCACAAGCGCAUGUAUUUGGCUCGAGUGUUGGUUGGUGACUCCACCACAGGGAAAGCUGGACUCCUUGCACCUCCGGCCAAAAACUCCACCGGCACAGAGCAGUAUGACAGUGUCACUGAUAGGCAGCAAUCGAUGUUUGUGAUCUUUCAUGAUAUUUAUGCCUAUCCUGAAUACCUAAUCACUUUUCAGUAAAGGCUGUGUUUACAAUGACACUGAGAGGUUUUUUCUGAAGUUUCUCCACUGAGGGACAACAAAAUGAAGCCAUAUAGAAAAUACAAAUGUAUAUCAUGUACAAUUUACAAAAUGAACCUCUUGAUUCUGCAAAAAAUAUGGAGCAUAAUACAAUGUCCUCACAUUUUCUUCAUGUUUACUCCUUAUACAGUAAAAUAUCGAAUGUCUUGCAGCUUAGUUACAUUUUAUUACAGGAUAUUAAGAAAUAUAGACUGAUCUUUAAGGCAGUAAGGACAGUUAGAGAGUAAGCUUCUGAGGUUCAUAUUGAUUAUUUAGGAAACUGUUUGUUGAAAGUGUUGAGAUCUAAAUUACACAGUACACAUCUCUCAACACAUUUUAUUACCUAUGUGCUAUUCGUAUAAGACAAACGAAAGGCAAAUAAAUACUUACAAAACAAUGACAAAAA